AUGCGGCAAAUAUUUAAUCGUUUAUCAAAUUUAAAAUCGUUUUUUCGAUGGUCUUCAAUAGCUGAGGCAAAAAAACCAAGGUCAAGCGUGUUUUUUGACAUUUCAAUUGGUGGCAAACCAUCUGGGCGAAUCGUUAUACAGCUUUUCAAUGAUAUUGUGCCAAAAACAACGGAAAAUUUCCGAGCGCUUUGUACUGGUGAAAAAGGAAUCGGAAAAUCUGGCAAAGCACUUCAUUAUAAAGGAUCACAUUUUCAUAGAAUUAUUCCUGAUUUUAUGAUUCAAGGUGGUGAUUUUACUAAUGGCGAUGGUCGCGGAGGUGAAUCAAUAUAUGGCAGGGAAUUUGAGGAUGAAAAUUUCGAUAUGUCACAUUUUGGAAAAGGUGCUGUAAGUAUGGCAAAUGCUGGACCAAAUACGAAUAGUUCUCAAUUUUUCAUUUGCACUACGAAGACCGAAUGGCUUGAUGGUAAACAUGUUGUCUUCGGUAAAGUUACUGAUGGUAUGAAUGUUGUCAAAGCAAUAGAAUAUCAAGGAUCAGCUAGUGGUAAACCUAAGCAGAUUGUAGAAAUUGUCGACUGUGGUGAAGUGCAGCAAUCUAAGUGA